ACGAGCCAUUGUAGGUAAUAGAAGCAGGAACUACUUCGGAUCUAAAAUUCAAUGCCAAUGUCUCAUAAUUUCCUUCUUUUUUUUCUUUUUUUUUCUGUUUCUCGGCAACCAAACGGGCCGUUAGGAUUUCUUCCUAUCAACUGUCCAAAAGGGUUGUCUAUUGUUUCUGAAUCUGAGUAGAUAAACCCUAAUAGCUGAGGUUGGAAAGGAAAAAUUAGCGAGAAUGGGACCAAGCAGCUUAGUUGCAGAAACAGUGUGGAAGGAGAUUGAAUCAACUCAUUCAGUGACUGAUGAUCAGAUUUCAAUCAUGCAUUUCCUGUUCGGGAAGAACUUUGAGCGAGCAACUAGGAUUGUGGAUCAAAGGGGUGUCAAGAGAAUCGUUGGCGAGCCUAGUGGGCGUUGGAUCUUUCAGGUUGUGGGAGAAUCUCGGAAGAAGGAGGAAUAUUUUUGUUUCGCAGAGCAUUACUGUGCUUGUUAUUCAUUUUUCUAUGACAUUGUUAACAGAGGAGAACAGCUUUGUUGUAAGCAUCAAUUAGCCGCAAGACUGGCUGCUUCCGUAGGAGCGUGUGUUGAAGUUAAGGUCUCUGAUGAGCAGUUGGCACUAUUGCUUUCCAAACUCUGACAUCUUGGACCUAAACAUAAAUUUUGUGCUUGGAAUUGAAGAGAGGAGGUCCUACUUGCUGUCUGGCAGGCCACUUGGGGUACUUGGAAGCCAUCAUUAACAACUCAGGUGUUGCUGUGGCUGGGGUUUGUUCAGAUGGUCCAGAUAAUGAUACUGAUCUUCUGCCUUCAAGUUUGUUGCUCUCCUAUCUAGACAUUCAGGAGGUGUUUGUCCCAGCUGACCCCUCAUAAGGAUGCCGUUGCAUUACUACCUCCAGGAGAUGCUUAUGCCCCUGCUUUCAGUCUUGAGGACUGCUUGGAGGAUUUCCAUCAUUUGCCACCUUGGUGGUGUCGCUGGGUGGUUGGUUAUGUUAGUUAUACUGAUUGAAAUUUUGCUUUCAUGGGUGUCCAUAAGAAGAAGUCCCAGCUGCCCCCUCCUGAGAAUCUAGUUGUAUCACUAGCUCCAGGAGUUGCUUGUCUUGCUCUCUGUCUUGUGGGACUUCCAAGAGGAUUCUGACGCCAUUGUUGCAACUCCAGUGUCACUGCUGCUCAAUUGGACCACAUGAUCUCUAGUCCAGAUUAUGAUACUGAUUUACUCUGAGUUUAUCACAUUCACAAUUAGCCCCGGAUAAAGCAAACAAAAUAGGGAACAAUACUUUUAAAGGCUCUUGACUACACCAUCUAUCUCUCCAAAACUUCACUCUUUUCCCAUCCCCAUAACAAAUUUUAGAGUUGAAGAGAUCCCACUCCUUACUUAUAACUUUCCAUAAGCCGACCCCAAAAGGGUCUCUCACCUCACAAGACCACCACCCUCCUUCCUUCCCAUACAUCCCCUUAAUGACCUUCAUCCAAAGCAAACCCCCUUCACUCGCACAAGGCCAAAGCUUUAUUCAUCAAAGAGAGUGAACGAACACUUGGCCCACCUUUCUCUUUUGCCCUAUAGAUGGACGACCACUUCACUAAGUGGGUUUUGUUCUCUAAGCCUCCUCCCCAAAGAAAGUCCCUAUGAAUUUUCUCUAAUCUUAGUAUGACUGGUCUUCUUUGCCCUACAGAGGGGCACCCUCUUAUUUUUGGAUGAUGGAGAUGCUUUUGAGAUGGAUCCUGGAGAAUACCUUAUUGCUGGUUGGAGCCUCCCAAGGAUCUCUCCACCUUAGAGGUUUUUGCCUCCUAGAAGUCCUGGCAAUCUGUUAAGCACAAGAGUGCAAGCCUGUAAUAGUAGUGUUGAUGUCUUCUGGAUCUUUUUUAUUUUCCUUUGUUUUAAUCAGGUUCGUAAUUGGGGAAGGAUUUAUCAUCAUUCUUAGUUUUACUCUGUUAAUGAAAAUGUUUUUGUUUCUGAUAACAAUAAUAAAAUAAAAA